GGGAAAAGAUAGAAUCGAAUCUUGUGGGUUCGGACAAGAUAGGAAUGAAAGAUGCACGAUGCGAACGGGGCGAGGAAAGCGUGGGAGUGUGAGAAUUAACAACAGGUGAUUUAAAGAGAGUCAAUGUGAGGGCGAGCGUGGGGGAGGAGGGCUGGCAGGAGGAGGAAGUAGUGUUGCGUGCGAGUGAGGCUGCACGCGCGACAAAAACACGCACACGCACACACACACACACACACACACACACACACACACACACAGAGAGAGAGAGAGAGAGAGAGAGAGAGAGAGAGAGAGAGAGAGAGAGAGAGAGAGAGAUGUCGAAGAAGAACAAGUUGAGCACGAGGCGAAAUCGGCACGAAUUCGACUUGAAACGAGAAAAAGAGGUGCAGUUGAAGAAAGCUCAGAAAGAUGCGAAGAUAAAGGAAAAGCUAAAGGCGGAGGCAGUGAUUGGAAAGAUGAAGAAGAAAAAAGAGAGGAGGAAGAAGGGGUUUAAGGUUGGUAAGAAGUCCAAAGUAAAGCUCGCGAAUACUAGGCUUUUGAAAGCUAAGGGAGAGCAAGCCAUGGACUUGAGCUGACCUGCUUCGGAUUUUAUGUUGGUUGUGUUGGUUAAACCCUCAUCUGACAUCUGCAUGGACCUGAAGUUGGGGUUGUAUUCCACAUGGGGAGCUUAUAUUUCUCUGUGUGUUCCUCUAUUUGCCUCCGUCGGGUGGAUACCCUUCCAAUGGACUCUCGUAUGGUGCCCGUGCUCUGGGGCAACCCCCAUCAAGCUGGAGAAUGGGGCAAGCAGCUGCCGAGAGAUCAAAGAUGAUGGAAAGGGGGUGCGGGGGCGGCGUAUGGAGGGGGUAGAAUCGGAAGGGGGUAGCAUUUGGAGGGGCACCACCUGGAGGCGGUAGCCUAGGGGGUGUUGUACGCAUUCGGACGAGACUACGGUAGUCAUCUGAAUGGGGAGGUGGUCGCAGUCGGACUGAUCAACGACGAGACGGAUUUCUAUUGACAUAUGUGCGCGCGCGUGUGUGUCGGUGCGUAGCCACGUGGCCGAUGAUGACGUGUAUGUGGCCACGUGGCGGAGGAUCACGUAUGUGUGGCCACGUGGCCAAGUAUAAAAUGUUGUAUGUGGCCACGUGGCCCAUGACGUGGUGUGUGUGGCCAUGCGGCCAAGGAUGACGUGUGUGUGGCCACGUGGCCAAGGAGGACGUGUGGGUGGCCACGUGGCCAAGGAGGACGUGUAUGGGCAAGUGAUGACCUGUGUGUGACUACGUGACCAAGGAUGACCUGUUUGUGUCCACGUGGCCAAGGACCAUAUGUGGGACCACGUGGCUAAAGAUGAGGUUGACCAUUCAUCCCUGUCGGGCGCACGAGGACGUUUACAUGAAAACGCACAGCGACACGGAAGGGUGGGAGGGAGAGAGAGAGAGAGAGAGAGAGAGAGAGAGAGAGAGAGAGAGGACUCGUUUACAUGAAAACGCACAGCGACACGGAAGGGUGGGAGAGAGAGAGAGAGAGAGAGAGAGAGAGAGAGAGAGAGAGAGAGAGAGAGAGAGAGAGAGAGUCCUUGCGGUCUGGCAAGAGAGUGCUCAAUCGUCGUGAGUGGGGAAAGAGGGAGGGAGGUUCCCUUUUUUAGCCUUCCAUUUCCGUCUUUUGACGUCGUCUGCGUAAACAUGCUUGUGCUUUUCUUAGCAGAGAAAGCACACUCUGGCCAACAGCAAGCGAACAGCAGUUUCGUUUUGCCUCCUCUUCGCAUGUGCACAGCGCUUGGUGAGGGGCUGCUGCGUGUAACAUGUACAUCUCCUUUUUGGUUUGCCUUUCUUUUCCUUUCCCUGAAUUUUUAAUUUUAUUUGAUGUAUCGUAUCUUCAGCAGUUUCUGUUGUCGUCGUCGGAUGAGUCAUUGUGUUCUUAAAGUUCCCUGAUGGGAAAUUUGGGCCCGGCAAGUGAACGGCGAUCAAUCAACAAACGACUACACUCCCUUUCGCCCAAGAAAUGACUUCACUCCCUUAAGAGUAUCUACGUAUAUAUUGAGGGCAGUGGUUGGUGCCCACCUCCUCAGAGGGGUAUCAGUUGUCGGGCAGUCGUUGAUGCUUAACCACAAUCGGGGUUAAGGUGGAUUAUCACUUCCAGUGUAAUCAGUCAGUUAGGGGAUUCUGCAGACUGUUUUUGAGGGUUCAGCCUCCUGAGGAGUAGGGAGGUCAGACUCCGACGAAACAGUUUGUCACAGCCUCUCGUUUGUUGUCGUCUUCUCCCUCUUGUCCCUCCCUCUCUGCCUACGGUUUACCGCGCAGUUCUGUUUGACGAUAUAUAUAUGUGAUGCUAUAUAUAUAGCAAUAAUCGUCAGAUUCGAAAGC